GCUGCCCUCAGUUUUCUCGAGUCCCCUUGAAACGCACGGUGACGCAUUUCCUGAGCGUGCCAAUCCCGGGCUGACGGGAGGGCGGGCUCUUCAAAUUUGAAUUCCCAGACUUGUAAGUGCUGGGGAACCUCGCAGCGUUUGUGAGCGACUCCUGAGGCCCGGCUGCGGCGGACGGCGGUCGUCGUGGGCCUGAGGCGCGAGCCCGUGGGCGUGGAGCUCGCCUGCGCACGUAGCCGAACCGGGACUGCUGUGGCCUCGCCUACCCGGCCCGCCCGCCAAGCGGAGCAUAGUAAACUUUGAUUUUCACAUUGAGCUACAGGUUUCUAUGAGGCCCUAUUGAAGUUCUAUUCUGAAGUUCGCUUAAGUGAAUUUCCUGUUACAGGAACUUGGUUAUUACUAUAUUUCCAAGAUGAUUGCAACACCUUUGAAACAUCCAGGAAUUCAGUUGCCUUCAGAGACAUCUUUUCAGAGGAAAAAUAUGCCCAUGGAUGCAAUCUUUUUUGACAACAUUCCUUCAGGCACACUUACUCCUGUGAAAGAUUUGGUGAAAUAUCAGAACUCUACUUUAAAAUUGAAUGACCAUGAAAAGAAUCAUUUCCCACAAAGGAAAACUUUUAACAAUAAAAAUAUAUUUCAGUCUACCUUGCUAGCAGAGGCUACUAUCUCUAACAAUUCUCUUAAUAUCAGUGCUAUCAAGCCCAACAAGGAUGGAUUUAAAAAUAAAGCAAACUAUGAAUCACCAGGAAAAAUAUUUCAAAGAAUGAAAGAAAAGGUUCUACGUAACAAACUAGAACAGACAUCAAGAGACAGUAGUUUGCUGGAUCAAUUGAGCAGUGAGAGUACUAAAACCUUCGCUCUUAACAGACAUGAAAAAAGACAGUUGCAGCAUACCUACCUCUGUGAAGAAAAGGAAAACAAAUCAUAUAACAAUUCAGUAAAAGAGUCAUCAGAAUUCCCUCUGGUAAAGCAAAAGAUUCAACACCAGGAGGUAAAGAAAGCAGUGCAGCACAAUUUAACUUACGAAUUUCCAGUUCUGAACCAAGAACAAGAAAAUAUUUCAACUACAAAAGUCUCAAACCAGGCAUUAUUCAGAGCUCAGUUGACUGAACAAAUUCUUCACCCCAGGGAGAAUACGAUUGCAACCACUCAAUCCAAAAAGGACACUUUUGUUAUAGAGAACAGUGAGUCAGCCUGUGAAAAAUUCCAAAAUACUAAUACUGAGACUCUUAGUACAAAUUGUGUUCCUACUAAGAAUGGCAGUCAAUUAAUGGUUACUGAUAGUGAGAUGACAACAGAAGGAACUUCACAAGAAGAAAUUAAGGACAAAAAUGAAAAAACAGUGCCCAGAGAGAUUGAUCUUAUAGAUUCCAUGAAAGAUACAUGUAAAAUUAUAUUGGCAAGUCCAAGACUUCAUGUAACAAUACCUCGAAGGUCAAAAAGAAAUGUUUCCAAGCUUUCUCCUCCAAAUGUGUUUGAAGCAGUUACGGAUGAAGUUAAAAAAACUCAGGUAAUCCAGCUGCAAGAAUGGAUGAUUAAAGUCAUCAAUAAUAAUACUGCUAUAUGUGUAGAAGGAAAAUUGAUAGAUAUCACCAAUGUGUAUUGGCACAGUAAUGUAAUUAUAGAGCGGAUUAAGCACAAUGAACUCAAGACUAUAUCAGGCAACAUUUAUAUAUUAAAAGGAAUAAUAGACCGGAUUUCCAUGAAAGAAGCAGGGUAUCCAAAUUAUCUCAUAAGAAAAUUUAUGUUUGGAUUUCCACAAAAUUGGAAAGAGCAUAUUGACAAUUUUCUGAAACAGUUAAGGGCUGGUGAAAAGAACAGGGAAAAGGCCAGACAAAAACAGAAAAUUGGAAGAUUUGUUUCUGACAUAAGAAAAUCAGUGAAAAAUGAUAGAGGAGAAAAACAAACAUCUGUCCUCCAAAGGGCCAGCAACACUUACAACCUUGAUUGUGGUAACUCAGAACUAAAGAAUAAUAAGCACAGUUGUUUGCCAGGAACUACAGAAUUAAACAUUUGCCAUGGUAAUUGCCAAAAUAAACCACCAUUAAGAAUACAAGAUGACCAAAAAAAUAAUACUAUUCAAAAUGGGGGAGGAUAUGACUUACUUAAUCAGGAAUUAGCUGGAAAAAAAAAUAAAAAGUUGCCUUCAAAGAAACUGAAAAAUCGUGAAAGGAUAAUUGAAAGUCAGAAGCAAGAAAGAACUGAAGAAUGGAAUGUACCCAUUGAUAUUCUAACCUCAAGGGAACAGUUUUUCUCAAAUGAAGAAAGAAAAUACAUGACUGUUCAUCAGAAAGAAGCUUAUAUUUUAGUAACACCACUUAAAUCUAAGAGUGCCAUAGAACAAAGAUGCAAGAAGUAUAAUCUAUCCUCUGCCACCAUUACAGCAGUAUCAGACUUUGCAAUGCCAAAGCAUCAAAAAGAAAGUGAAUCAGACUUAAAUGAAACUGUAAGUCCUGUUACUAAGUCCACGGUGACUCUAGAAAAUAUCUUUGAGUAUAGUAUGGGUCAUAAAAAUAACAAGGAAGAGUCCAUUGAGUGUGAUUUUCUCACUGUCAACCAGCAAAUAAAAAUACCUAGCCCUAAAAGCAAACAAAUGGCCUCCUUGGACUUGAAGAAUACAAGAUUGUUAUCAAAAUUAGAGAAAACCGAAAAUCAAGUAGCUAUGCCAUUUGACAAGCAUCAGUCCUUUUCAGAUUUGACAGGUGAAGAGAGUAAAAUAGAAAACAAAAUUAAAAGGAAAGCUGGGGUUAAUAAAACCAGAGCAAGAAAUACCACGGGAACAGUGGUUCACCUUAGAAAAAGCUCAAGCAACACCACAAGAACUAUGGAAUCUGAAACUGAUGAAAGUGACAAUGAAUUUUUUAUUAAAAAAAAGAAAGCUAGAUCUUCUGCUCAAGAAACUCUUCAGAAAUCCAAUGUUAGGAAUGAGCUUCCAAUUAUUGAGGCAGCAGGAUCUGAGAAGACUAAAAGAUAUCCCUUGGAAUGUUUAACUGGUUCAAUUCAAGAUGAAGAAUGGAAUGAGAACGAAUUACAUAAACUUCAUUGUGCUGUUGCAUCUCUUCCAAAGCACAAACCUGGUUUCUGGUCAAAUGUAUCCAUGGCUGUAGGCUCUCGAUCUGCUGAAGAAUGUCAGAGGAAAUACAUGGAGGACCCUCAAGGAAAAGGAUCCCAGAAGCAUGUCACUAAGAAAAAGCCAGCCAAUCCCAAAGGCCAAAAUGGCAAGAGAGGUGAUGCUGACAAGAACCAAACUAUUAAGAUAACUGCCAAAGUGGGAACUCUAAAAAGGAAGCAACAAAUGAGGGAAUUUCUGGAACAGUUGCCAAAAGAUGACCAUGAUGAUUUUUUCAGCACUACAACACCUUUACAGAAUCGAAGAGUACUGUUGCCAAGUUUCCAAUACAGUCAAGAUGAUGAUGAUAUUCUGCCAAAUAUGGACAGAAAUCCAACAACUCCAUCAUCAGUUAUCUUUCCAUUGGCAAAAACUCCUCAAUGUCAGCAUGUCAGUCCUGGCAUGUUAGCUUCCAUAAAUAGAAAAGACUGUGAUAAAUAUGUUUCUCGAAUACAAAAAAACCAUAAAAGUAAUGGUGGUGUUGUCUGGGCCAAUGUCAAGAAAAGAACAGUUGAAAUUGAUCUCUCACCUCAAGUAACAUCAAGAAGAAAAACCCUGUUUAGCAACGAUUUAGGCGAAAACUCUGGUUUUGGAAAGCUGUUCAGUAAUGCAAUGGAAUCUUUAGAUGAAGAAGACAGAGAUUAUUAUUUUUCAAACUCUGAUUCUGCAUAGUAAAAACAAGAAAAUGAUUUCUAAUAAAGCAGUCAAUGUAUUUUUAUCUUCAUUUGGAUGAUACUUUAAAAAAAAGUUCACAUUUUCAUAUGAAGCUACAUUAUAAAUACUUCAUUUGCACUCAAAAUAUCCUUCAGAAUAUUCCUCAUUGCUGUAGCUUAUUAGCAAAAUAUAAGGAAAACUGUGUAGAUACUUGUAAAUUUGUUUUUGCAAUAUUAAAAUUUAAGUCUCUUUUAA